AUGAACCUCGUCAUCCAGUUCCUCUCCAGCAUCCGGCAGUUUGUCAUCGCUCAAAACAGCGACGAGUUACGCAACUGGUUGCUCGUCGAGACCGAUGCUGCUGACAUCUACUAUGAGAUGGGCAAGCAGAUCCGGUCUGGCUGUCCCCCUGGCCGCCCAAUACUCGAAGAUCUCGUCGAAAAGUGCCUGCCGAUGGAGGACGACGUACAGGAAGGCCGCGGCUCACCCUGGCCCGGCUUCAAUUCCUUCAUCAAGGACUAUCUUGAGUACUGGCGUGACAUGAACCCCGACGACAUUCUCGGGCUGCAUUCUCGGCUCAGCGAGCUCUUAGUGUCGUGCGCCAAUGCCCUCGCCAAUCCCACCUACGGCAACAUCCUGCUGCCGACUGCCAUGUCACUCUCUGAGUCCCUCUGCAAGCUGGUUAUGAAUCUCAACCGCCAGCCGCAUCUGCUGGCCCAGAUCCAGGGUGACACGUCCGGCGACGAAACCGGCGAGAGAAAGUCCAUCGUAGAGGCAGCAGCCGAUAUCAUUCAAAAGAUAUUCACCUCCUGUCUGACCGACCGUUCCAGCAGUCGCUGGUCCCAGCCAAAGGGGAAGAAGGUGGCUGUUUAUAUUUUCGCCAACCUCACCCUCAAGUUGCUGUUUGCCUGCGACAAGUCGCGGCUCGCCGUCCAGAUGUUUACCAACCUCUCAACAAGUGGACCAGCGCUCUCUCUAUAUCCAGCGUCACAACGCGUCACCUUCCUCUACUAUCUCGGCCGCUUCAACUUCGACCACGGCCACUAUCUCCGAGCACACAUGUGCUUCGAGGAAGCCUACCUUCAAUGCCCUCCACGCUUCCAAAAACACCGCAGGCAAAUCCUCCUAUGGUGGAUCCCCACCAACCUACUGCUUGGCCGGUUCCCGUCCCAAGCCUUGCUGCAACGACCCGAGGCCGCCGGGUUUGCCCAGAUCUUCCUCCCCAUCUGCCAUGCCGUCCGCACCGGCAACUUCGUCGCCUUCCAUCAGACCUUGGCUCAAAAUCGCGACUGGCUCUGGGACAGAGGCUUUUAUCUGACCCUGUUGUACCGCCUAAAGCCUCUCAUUUGGCGGUCGCUGACCCGCAAGACUUUCAUGCUUACCUGGCAGGGGUCCGCAGCUGGCGACCCCAAUACGACCACGACCACGACAGGCAACAAAGCAGCAUCUCUCGCCCUUGAAGACGUCGUCACCGUUGCCUGUUACGUCCAAAAGCUGCUAGAGGGCUACGUUCCCGUGCGGAAGCCCAAGCUUGCAGCAUCUGUCAGCCCUGCGUUCAUGCAGACCGGAGGUAACCCUACUAGUACCUUCGCGUUAGACGGCAGUAGAGAACCAACGCUUGUCCCACCUCCUGGUGGCCCGCGGCAGCUGAUGCCAUCCGAAGGUCUCAUCUUUGGCAACAAAAAACCCGAUCUUGAGAGCAUCGAAGCUGUUGUUUCAGGGCUCGUUUAUGCUGGGCUUCUCAACGGUUUUAUCGCGAGACAUCAGAAGCGUUUCGCCGUAGAGGGCACCAAGAAGAAAGGUGGAAAUGCUGUUGCCGCUGGCUGGCCAAACCCAUAUGAGAGCAUUCUCGAGCGGUUUCGGGAAGCGCACCAAGAGGCACUGGAUGCGUGCGAUGAGGGAAGUGGCGAACCCCCGGGUGAAUUGGAUGAUGUUCCUGGAUGGGUGCGUAGUCCGACUUAA